ACCCAUUUGAAUACAUGACAUUUCUCACUCUUUGAUAUCCGCAUUCUACAAUCUUCUCUCUACAAUUCCAUAAACUCAUCAUCUUUCAACUCCAAUUCACAUUCGAUUUUUGCGCCAAUUUUCUCUCACCUAGGGUUUAUCUUCAAAUUCCCCUCCCCAAAUCAUGGAAACCAGAGACGAAGUAGUGGAAAUCGAGAGCUUGGAAAAGGGAUUAUUAUCUUCAGAAGGUACCGAAAAUGGCGAUUAUACGGCGGAAGAAGACGAUUCAACGGUGAUUUACGCGGCGUCGUUUGAUGAAAUGGAAGAGAAUUUCGUCAAGUAUCAAACAGCUCAAUGGGUGUUGUAUUCUUUGGUGUCGAUAUUAGCUUGGGGAAUUGGGUUAUUGAUGUUGUUGUAUGUUCCUGUUCGAAGAUUUAUUUUGCGCAAAGAUAUUCGGUCUCGGAAACUUUAUGUCACACCUGAUGCUAUUGUUUAUAAAGUCACAAGGCCAGUAGCGUUUCCUUGUUUUGGUGUUUUACAAAAGGAAAAAUAUGUGUUAUUGCCCUCGGUAGCAGAUAUUGUAAUUGAGCAAGGGUAUUUGCAGUCCUUUUUUGGUGUUUACUCUGUUCGAAUUGAAAAUGCUGGUGUGAGAAGACCGCCUAGUGAUGAUCUUCAGAUUCAAGGUAUAACAAAUCCAAGUGCCUUCCGAAAGGCUGUUCUUACUCACCUCUCAAGUAAAAGGACUGAGGCUUCCUCUACACAAGUACCUGUAAUUGAAGGUCCUCAAACUUUUAUAGGUGGCCAUCCACAAGUUGUUGGGAUGUCUCCUUCACAAUCUGUUAAACAUGAUGCUAUUCCUCCUAAUGAGCUGGGACUUCUACAAAAACUAGAGGUUGGGACUUCUAUCAAGAGAGUUCAAAACUUGAUUGAGCAGCAGUAUUCUCAAGCAGAAACUUCAGAUUGAGGAAAGUUGUGUCUCUGUAUCCCUGGUAUACUUUUCUUCCUUGUUAAAUUUCAUGUUAUCAAUCCAUCAUUACUGGAAACUGACUACCUACUUGCUGAAGAAUGGUUUCUGAUCUCUUCUUCAGAAUCUUGGGAGCAACUUGCUUACAGAAUAGGGUGUAAAUACAACCUUUGUCUCAAAUCUAUAUUGUUCUCUUUUCCGCUUCUUCGUUUUUUUUUUUUUUUUUUGGUUUGGGGGGGGGGGGGGGGGGUUGAAGCAACAGUGUGAUUCUCAUUCUGCUGAUCAUUCUAUCUUGUUUAUUUUGAUUAAUUGACUAUACCUGAUUUUCUAAAAUAUUCUAAGAUAUGUACAUUAUUCUUGCAAAAAACUAAGGUAUCCUCCAAGGUUCCUCUUUUGCUAACUAUUGGUUAUACAGAAAGUUGCUGGUGAAUAUAUUUAGUUUUGAUUCUAGUGCUUUAUUUUACUAGUUAUAGGAAGUUUAAAGUUUAUCUGUGCUUUUGUAAGGGCAUUUCUGAAUAUAUAUAUAUAUAAUUUUGAUUGUA